GCGCAGGGAGGGGAAGGGGCCAGGCAUGGCUCAGCUGUUCCCUGCCCCCGUGGGGAGGAAGCCGGGGGUGGGAGGCAGCCCGGGUUUCCCUCUAGGGCGCAGAUGGGCACGUUUCAUUUCCAGCCCAGCCUCUGCUGUGCACACUGGAGAAGAAGCUGCCUCUGCGUGGAAGGAAGCGCGGAGAGAGCCAGGGGCAGCACGGCACGGCGCGCCUGCCUGGGCAGGGGACCAACUGACUCACCAUGGCUCCUGGUGCCUCGAAGACGGCAUGGGGCAGCGUGGUGGUGUCCCUGACCAGCCUCUGUGUCCUCCUGCUCUGCUGUGGCCCCAUCCUGGCCGGCUGCCGCCAGGUGACCUUGUUCCCAGCCAUCUUAGCUGUCCCUGCAGGAGGCUCAGCCACCUUCUUCUGCAAUGUCUCCAUGAAGAACAACUCCAGUUCAGAGUACAGCAUCAACUGGUACAAGGAGACCAACCACAGCCAAGCUCAAAAAAUCGCUGAGAUUAGUGCGAAGAACCCCCAGAUGAAAACAGACAAGUACCUGCUCACCAACCACACUCCUUCCUUCAAGAUUGAGAUCCUGAACCUUCACCAGAAUGAUUCAGGCUCCUACUACUGCGGGCUGAUCAACUUCUUUGAAUCCAAUAAAUUGACAGAGAGCAACCGGUCCCACCUGGUGGUCACAGCAGCCCUUGAGAAGACAAACACCACUGAUGAGCCUGAGAUAGAGGAAGGCAACCCACCAGACAAUGUCAAGGCCAUGCUCCUGGGCAUCCUGCUGCUGACUGGGGCAGUUGUGCUGCUCAUCUUUGGCUGCCGCACCAUCAUGUACAGGAGAGGAGAUGUGCAGAAACCACAAAGUGAAAACGUGCCAGUGAAGGAAGAGAAGCCACCUGUGGUGUCCGUGUCCACUGUGGAUUAUGGCGUGCUGGAGUUUCAGUGGGACUCAUGCUCCCAUGUGCCCCCCAAUACCCGGCCAGUUGACCAGACCGAAUAUGCCACCAUCAUCUUCCCAGAGGAGAAACCCAUCACCCCGGAGCGCAGGAAGAAACACCAGGAAGAGAGGACUCGGCAGCUGCAGCCCUGCUGAGGGCUGGGGUGUGGGCAGGGACAGGUUGCCCUGGCCCCUCGCUCCCACCACAGUUUGCAGUUGGGAAAAAUCCAGCAUGCAAGGAUUGGAGUGACAGAGGCCCUGCUGCUGUAGUUGAUAUUGGACAGUCCUGGCCACGGCUGGAUCAUGGCUGUGGGAACCACAGAACAAGGAAGGUCCCUGCUGGGCUCCACAUGAUGCCCCUUGGCUCAGGGCAGGGAGGAUGGGCUGGGGCAGAGCAGCGAUGCCAACAGGUCUGUGCCAAAGACGAUUUGCAUCUUGCUUUGGUUUUCUACCUCCACCUGGGGCUCUCUGCAGUGGUCAAGCUGCUUCCCUUGCCUGGGACUGACCCAACCAGCAAAGCACAACUCUGGGAGUAAAUGCUGGAGGACAGAGCUGGAGCAGAUCCUGGGAUAUGUUACUCACUGAAGACCGAGGGCUGAGGGCUUCUCCUCGCCCUGGGCAGAGACUGUCUUGUGAACUGAUAUUUAAAGAAAGCCCUAGGAAGCAGGUGUCUGGCUUUUCUUCUCUCUCCAGGCACUUCCCUCCUCCGCAAGAGGCGAAAUCUGCGCCCUCAUCCCACCCUCCGCAGGUGGGAGAUGGAUGUGGCCCUGGCGGGGGAGUUGAAUAAAGGGCUUCACGUCCGGGGA